GGACUUGAUUUGAAGAAGCAAACGUGUUGAAGGAAAGCAAAGACGAAAUACCAUUUCAACUGCAGGUGAAGACCACUAGCGUUUUGUGGUGUCAGACACUCAGGUGCUUGCAAUGGCGACUGGCUUGAAGAACAAGCUACUUAGCACGUAUCUGAAAACUGUGGAUUAUGUCGUCCCAGUUCUAAAGGACUCAAAGUUCAAAGAGACUGGUGUUAUCACGCCCGAGGAGUUUGUUGCGGCUGGAGAUCAUCUGGUACAUCACUGCCCCUCUUGGUCAUGGAUGGCAGGUGACAAAGACAAGGCACGUCCAUUCCUGCCACCGGACAAACAGUACUUGGAAACGAAGAAUGUUCCUUGCUUGCGCCGAUGCAAGCAGAUGGAGCUGCCCGACGAGGGUGAAACAAUUCAUGAUGAAUUCGGUGACGGCGAUUGGGUAGAGCCCCACAUUAACUUGUCCUUGACCGACAAAGUUAGAGACCUGACCCUCGACUCAAAGCCUGCAACAGCCACAGCUGAUGACGACGACGACGAUGACGAUGUAGCCGUAGACAUUGAAGAUUAUGACGAGGAAGGUCUUGAGGAGAAUGACCCUGCUACACUCAGCAAGCCUGAACCAGCUGCUGCAGCUGCCGAUGGCGCUACAGCAGGCGACAACUUGCUGCACACGCGUACGUACGACCUUCACAUUACGUACGACAAGUACUAUCAGACGCCGCGCCUCUGGCUGUUCGGUUAUAAUGAGAAGAAUCAGCCGCUCACCGUGGAGGAGAUGUACGAAGACAUUAGCCAGGACCAUGCAAACAAGACAGUCACAGUGGAGAGUCACCCUCACUUGCCGCCUCCGCCACGUGCAUCUGUGCAUCCCUGUCGGCAUGCUGAGGUAAUGAAGAAGAUCGUCGAGACAGUUGCGGAAGGCGGCGGAGAAGUUGGCGUGCAUUCAUACCUGCUCAUCUUCCUCAAGUUUGUGCAGGCCGUCAUGCCCACAAUAGACUACGAUUUCACUAGAGAGUUCUCCAUGUGAGGGCUGACGUCAUGCUAUAAUAGUAUGCAGUUCACCACAAGGUCUCCGCUCGUGGUGGUCCGGAUGGCAGCUUUCUUCCAUAUGCGCAACAAAAAUGAUUUGAGUCUGUACAGAAACGGCAUUCCUUCAUUGGAACGUGCAUGAAAAAAAAUAUCUCCAGUGAUAUACGGACAUAGACUAGGUGAUCUUUUCCCCUUCCCCGUAUCAAAUCUUGUAUUUUUAUUACGAUUACACAUUUUCUAACAGCUAUCUCUUUUACAGCAUUUUUCAAUUUUAAAAAGAACACUAUUUUGUCACUGCCCUCACACAAUCCUACAUGUAUCGUCUUUACCAGCUUCCCCUAAUGUUGCUUACAUUGUAGUUUGUCUGCGAAGGUCAGACUUUGUGUGUCCUAGGUGUGCUCCUCAUGUUUUUUUGUUUAUUUUUUAUUUUUUAUAGUGCAAGUCGUUCUUGUCCUUCAGUCGUACAUGUUUUGCUAGGCAUGUGCAGUACCUUGGAAACAUAUCCUAGCUUCUCUAUUGUUUUCUCCACGUCGUUGGCUCUUUGCAA